CUAAAGUGUGAAACAAAAGGCAAUUUGUGAAUAUACGAAAUCAAAUGCAGUUUAAAACAACGUCAUUUUACUAGUCUGAAUAUGGCAAAUAUCGCUAGUGCAUUUUUGGCAAGCAUUUGAAAGGUUUCAUCAUUUAAUACGCAGUGGAAACGAAAUGAUUUUCAAUUUUGGACAAGAAAAUUAUUGACUAAUGGCAUUGAGAAUACUAUUAUGAAAUUAUGAAAGUAAUGAUUCUUCCACAUGUUGCCGUUGUUGGUGUAUAUCGAGUUGUAAGUGUUGAUGUUGAUGUUUAUGUACUUCUCAAUUUAACAUUUUCAUUGGUGACUUAGUUAAUAUAAAUUAGUUGAAUGAAACCAAUACUGCUAUUUGCAGAUGAGCUCGCCGCGCGCCGAAUUUUCGUGAGCUCGCCGCGCGCCGAAUUUUCGAACGUUUUUUCAUGUGUCAACAAACAGUUGAUUGGCUUCCAACGCCACGUUUUUCAUGUGUCAACAAACAGUUGAUUGGCUUCCAACGCCACGUUGACGCGGCGCCAACGCUACGUUGAGGGAGGCCAUAGAUAUAGUUGAGGCGGCUUCAUGUGUCAACAAACAGUUGAUUGGCUUCCAACGCCACGUUGACGCGGCGCCAACGCUACGUUGAGGGAGGCCAUAGAUAUAGUUGAGGCGGCGCCAACACUACGUUGCCUAACGCCUAUACUGGAUGAUUGUCGAAAAUCGAUGAACAAAACUUUCCACUCAAACAUGCUGAAAUAAAAUUGCAGUAAUCAAUUCUUAAAUGUUACCAGUAUUUUUAUUUAUAAGUUGCAUGGGCACUGUAUUUUGAAAUUUUGUAGACCUUAUUCAUAAAUCGUGACGAGGCCUUGGGGAAAAAACGCGGUGAAUCAAGCGGUGAAUCAAGCGGAAAACUACUUGACAAGCCAAAUUCAGACGCUAUUAUAUCGACUUUAACGGCUUGUUUCUUGUUGUUUUUUUGCGAUUUAUAAUGAUUUUUGUGUGUAUUUUAAGACUUUGUGCCCACAACGAAAGCGGUAAACGAGUAUAUUAUAAAAGCGACCGGUUUUCCCCCCGUUUUUGUGAGGAAAAAAUGACAACGUAGUGACAGUGUUUAUCCAGAAGCGAAAAACAGUAUUUUACUGAGAUUUUAACGUCAAUAUAAAGGUUAUUUCGUGAAAAAUCAAGACAACUAUAAUAAUUUUUCGAAUUUGACAUUAAUAUGAAAGAAAACAACAGGUCAAAAAUCACAAGAGAACGUCAAAUGUUAUUGAUUCGUACGGAAAAAUAUGAACGAUGGCUGUGGCUUGAUAACAUUCUGCAAGCAGCUUACAAGUUUAAAAAACGAAGGCUACAUUACCUGAGUGAGUUGUAAUCUUAUUUCUUCAACAAUAGUUUCAUAUUUCUUACGAUUUUGGUGUUGUAUAGACGUUUUGUAGCCUUGUAGUUGGUUGCUUGUUUUGGCCAUAAAAACUUGGCAAUAAUACAAUGUCAAAGGUUUCCUUUUUCGAUUGACUCCAGCAUCAUUUGCUUUAAAUAUCAUGUUAUAUUUUCUCAGAAGUAAUUUUUCAACUUUCAAGCUCAGUUUUAUAGAUAUUAUUUUCGAAAAAGCCGUAAUAUUCACGGGGAAAAAGCUGCCAUAGCCGACAGCAAAAAAACAUUUUGUCAAUUUUCCCGCGUUUUUCUCCGUAUCAUAGGAUACGAGGCCUCGUCACGAUUCCAAAGUUCUCCCACGUUUGCUAACUUUCAUGCAGAUACUAGUAAUUGUAGACGUUUAUUCUCACCGGCGCUGCGUUUGUGCCUGACCUCAACCUAUAGUUUGCACUGCCUCAACGUAGCGUUGGCGCCGCGUCAACGUGGCGUUGGAAGCCAAUCAACUGUUUGUUGACACAUGAAAAAACGUUCGAAAAUUCGGCGCGCGGCGAGCUCAUCUGCAAAUAGCAGUAGAAGGUUAUAUAAUUUCGUAAGGUUACAUAAUUUCUUUAUCAAUGAUUAUAACUAUAGACAAUUGGUGUCUGCUUUCAUUACAGACUUUGAUAGAUCAUUUUUAUACAAAUUUAGCAGAGUCAGAAGCUAAGUCACACAUAUUGGAAACAGGGCCGCCCAGAGGGGGGGGGGGAAGGGGGCAAAUUGCCCCGGGCCCCAAGUUGCUGGGGGCCCCUGAAAAAUUUUUGUUGGGCCCCAGCCUUUUUUGUGUGUUAAAUAUUUCCGCGCAAAGAACAAGAUAUCUGUUUUCUUGGGCUAAGUACCGAAUUUUGGCAUAAAAAAAUGAGAUAAAGUUCCUUGAAAGUAAUUGCAACGUACUAGUCCGGAAAAAUUUUGUACUCCGGAAAAAUGUUUUUACCCCUAAAAUGGUACACUGACCGAAAAAUUUUUGGGGACCGGGGGAGGGGGGGGGGAGGUUGUUGUCCGGAAAAAAAAUUUUCCGGGAAAAUUUUUUUAGAUAAAACCCCUAAAAAAAAAUUUGCCCCGGGCCCCCGCCAACCUCUGGGCGGCCCUGAUUGGAAACAUUUCUCUUAAAGCACUUUAUGGUAGUAUGUGCAUUGAAUAAUUGCUUUCAUUAAAGCAAAGCCAAAGUAAUAACGGCUGCAUCAUAAAGAGCAGAGAUUCAGUUUUAGAUUGGAAUAUCAAUACUUAAUAUAGUAACAGUUGUAACCAGUCAUAAUUAUUAACUAUAUAUCCUGGACGGGGUGCUCCCUUCUUCAUCGACCCUGAUUUCUGCAACUGAAUGUCAUUGCCAAGAACACCAGUUAAGCAAUUUAUAUCCCCUUCACCUAUCCCAUACUAUAUUGUCUUAUAAUCAACAACAACCAUAUGUCAUAAUGGGAUCUUAUUUAAUAUAGCACACAAUGUACAAAACUAACAUAAUAUUCUGUUUAGUGGAUUUUCUUCCACGACAAAAUAUUAUUGCAUGGAUCUGUAUUGCUGAAUUAUAUCAUUCUAUUCAAGAACUAUAUGCAUCGAUUAUACUUCUAAUUUCCAUACUUGUCAUCAUUUAUUGCUGAUGAAUGACUUUCAAUAUAUGACCUAUUUGAUAUAUUUACUAGGCAUAAACAGUUGAUUUGUGUGCCAUCAACCCUGACUAUGACAUUUUCUAAAAGGAAAUAGAUUAUACUUAAAAACAAUUAUAAACAGCAGAAAUGUUGAUGUUAUGUAUGUAUCAAUUAUGGUAUAAGAAGGCUUCCAAAACUCUGCAAAAUGUAAAGUUAAAACUAUUAGACAUAAACUUCUCCAGCAAUUCCUGGAUAGUUAUUAAGUACUUGUUUUUCAGUAGUUGAUCAAUAUAAAGCGCCCGAGCUGGCUCGCAUCCCCGAGAUGAAUUUCACCACGCGCAUUUACAUGAAACUUACAUCAAGGGCUGGCUCUUCGUGUUCUUAUUUUUUUUGGCGUAGUAUGUUGCGUUUAUAUGGAAAACUACCCAGCUCGUUUACCCGAGGUCUCGGGUCACACGAAGCGGGACCUCGGUUAGGCGGACCAGCUCGGUUCUCAUAUAAACGCAACAUGAAAUUUAGUAGGAAAUAUUAACAAAGACGGGAUCCUGCCUAAAGCGAGCUAGCUCGGGUACCCGAGCUGGCUCGCCUCAUAUAAACAGCCCCUUAGUCUCCAAUACUUCAGCGAGUCAUGCUUUGGAAAUGACAAUAUUUUUUUAUUACCCAACCCUUGAGUUGUUUUGUUUUUCAUUUACCCAACCUUUUACUUACUCAAAAUUUAGUUUACCCAACCCUUUUCUCUUCGGUGCCACCCCCCACCAUAAAUAAUGACCGGUCCCUAAUGUAGUAAUAAUACAGUAAGUUUAUGUGUUUGUAAUUUUUGUCACUGAAAAGCCCCUUCAGGGGAGUGUCAAUAAUGUCAACGAAUCAAUUAAUCAACAAUGAACAACAAUGUAUAUUGGCACCACCUGUUAUCCUGACAACUUCUAUGCAUCUACCAUGUUCUCGCAUGCCUGCUAAAGUUUAUUAUGAACUAUCAGGAAGAUUUGGAACCCGAAAUGUUUUAACAAGAACACAGAGAUGGAUUUAUGGGGGGUGCACCCCCCUAGCCCUGGCCAGAGGGGGUGCAGGAGGGGGGGUCCUAUUUUUCAUGAUAAACAAAAAUUAUUAGAAACAAAAUGAGAUACAGAGAUUUGAGUAAUAAUAUGAUGAUAGGCAAACUGUGAACAACAAUUACAAUUCAAAUACUGUAGUCAAGCAAGACUUUGCAAUAGUGAAGCAAGUUGAUGGGUGGGUGGCACACAUGACCGACACAACUCGGCACCAGAGCAGGCAGAGUACCCCCCCCCCUAUCAGAUCAUGCUGGAUCCAUCCCUGCAAGAACAUUAUAAAAUUAAGAUGAUUCAACAAGAACAUCAUAAAAUUGAAUAUCAUCUUUGUGACGUUAUAGCCGGAAUUAGUUUCUGCAAGUUGAAUAUAUAUCAGCCAUUUUAUUUUUCUUUCAUCUGACAUACUAUAAAUCUAACUUUAUUUAACUGGUCAACUGUUAAACAUCAGUCCCUUAAUUUUUUUUACAAGCUACUGAGUGUUGAUUGAAGCCUUGGCAAAAGUGCAAUCACCAUGAGCAGAUACAUGUACGCUUAGCGUACCUAUUUUUAAUCUGAGGAAGCAUGAAUGAAUAAUUAGAUGAACUUUUUCAACCAAGAUUGCAUGAUAAGUCCGCAUGUCGACUGCUUGUAUUCAAAAUACUGGAAAUAGUAUUGUCUUCAAACAGCUCUAGCAAAAAUUGUUAAGAUUAUGAAUGGCGUGGACCUCAGUAUAACUUCGUCUUGUAACAUGGAAAAAUCGACAAGAAUUCCUGAUCUUAUACCUUUGCCGUUUCCUUUUUACUGCUCUUUCAACAAAAUUCGUGAAUGUCAUCUAAAUAGUAAUUCAUUAGUUUCUACUCUAUUCUGCCGUGAUUAAAAUUUUAUUUAAUUAUCCGUCAUUAGUGGGAAAACUGAUGGAAACGUGCAACAAUGAAAACGAAUCCGACCAAGAGUGUUUACAACAACCCAAUAAUCUCAGCAGUUCUAACACCAACACGGACGAAGUGAAAAUCUACAAAACACGAUGGUAUAUCUUAUUCAUGUACUGUCUAAUAGCCAUCUUACAAAAUAUCAUGUGGAAUACUUGGGGACCAAUUCAAGCAACAGCCAGGGCAGUAUAUGACUGGGAUGAUUACGUCAUUGAUUUAAUGGCUGCCUGGGGAUGUAUUACAUUUUGUAUUGCAAUGUUACCAUUUGCUUGGAUCAUGGAUGUUAAAGGUACAAUAUAUUAACUU